AUGCCAAUCAAAAGACUAGUGCAUGAGAAGUUGCCUUACAAGCCUGUAGUUGAUCUAGCAUAUACCCACUUCAAGUCACCGGAUUUUAAUACUCAGAGGCCACCGGUUGUUACCUUACACGGCCUGUUCGGGUCAGGCAAAACCUUUGGAUCCGUAGGCCGCAAGCUUUCGAAAGAUUUGGGAACCGAAGUGUACAAUUUAGAUUUGAGGAAUCAUGGAAAGUCAGAAAUUGCGAAGCCUUACGAUUAUUUGACAAUGGCGAGAGAUGUUGCUAAGUUUUUGGAAGACAAGAUUGGCCCCCAAAAACCCGUUUCCCUUGUAGGCUUCUCGAUGGGCGGGAAAGUCGGGUUGUUGACAUCGCUUUCGAAAGCAGUAAAUGUUCAUAAAUGUGUUUCUAUCGACAUGCCGCCAUACAACGUUGAUGAUCUCGGAACGGACGUUGACCAGAAUUACGGUAAAAUCCUAGAAUUCUGUAACAAGAAGAUCAAGGUAGAGAAAGGCAGCAAGGGGUGGAAGGACAAAGUUAUCAAGAUAUUUCGUGAAGUCCCCACGAACAAGAACGCGGGAGCAGCACUCUACUUCUCCCAAGGAUUCACACAACUUCCAGUCAACAACAAACCGUUCGAUCAAGCCCGCGAUUUAGACCCAUAUAUUGAUUAUAAGGCACCCCUUCUUGAGAUGACAGAUUUGCUGGAUCAAAUUAAAUCUUGGCCCGAUGAAGUAGUUCUCAGCAGAGAGGGAUACAGAAUACGUUCUGAUACACCUGUCCUGUUUAUGAAAGGUUUGAAGUCACCGAUGAUCAAAAGCACCUAUGAAAAACUGGGGCACAUCUUCCCGAACUAUGAAGUUCAAGAGUUUGAUACGGGACAUGUGCUCAUUACUGAGGCUCCUGACGAGUUCUACAAGUCCUGUUCGGCUUUUCUGAGUGCUUGA